AUGUAUUCCUUGAAAAUUAAUUUAGAUGAAGUUCAAUCUUUAAAACUAUGGAAACAACCAUUUGUUCCUCGAUUAAAUUUCGCUGCACGACAUUUUCAAUCGUUUUUACCUACAACAGUUGAAAUAGGAAAACCAUAUUGGAUUAUUCAAAGUAAACAACAACAUCGUUUCGAACAUCUUUCAUCAAAUCGAUAUUAUCCACCAGAUAUAUCAAAUGAACAUAUUAUUUUUCAUCGUUUAUUAAGCAUGUUUCAUUCACGUCCAUUUAUAUUAUCACGAUUUCCACCUCAAGGCACUGUUGCAGUUGUUCGUGCUCGUCAUGGUGCAUUUCUUGAUAUUUAUUUUCGAAUGCAUGCGGAAUUUCAACUUAAUACACCACCGUAUCAUCCAUUCUGGUAUACACCAGCUCAAUUUCAAGGUCGUUUAAUUAUUCGUGAUGAUGCUUCUGAAAUAACCUAUUUUAAUAUGUAUGUACCCAGUGAAAAAAGACUAAAUGUUGAUAUGGAAUGGUUCGUAGAUCGUGGUGGUCCAUCGGCUUCUAUGGAAGUUGAUAUAGGUCAUAUGCCUCAAAUGGAAUUACGUUCAGCUGCUCCGUCUAUUAAGGUUAAUGAAACUGGAAUGACACCUGAACAUUUUAUAUCAACAAUGAACGAUAAAUUAUAUGAAAAUUUAUUAAAAUCAUUCAGUUGGAUGGGUGAAAAUAUUCUAAAUGAAAAAGAAGUUUUUGAUUUACUUGAACGAAAAUUUUAUCCAUUUAAAGAAAUUCCAUAUUAUGAAUAUCGUCAAGCAUUUCAAAAAGCUGAAGAAACAAAUAAAUUAAUUCAUACAAUUGUUCUUUGGGGAGCAUUAGAUGAUCAAUCAUGCUGA